AUGCUUGACUGGCUAGCUCAGGGAGGCGCUUCCAGUGCACCCGACGAUGAAAAGCUCUGCUCGACUUGCUCGCCAACUGCGCUCGCCGAUUACCUCAAAGACUGGGUCAAUACGUGUCAAAAAGAUGACAACGCUGUAUUAUAUACCUGGGACUACUCAAUGGACCCCUCCGGCUGCGAAUUUUGCUCAUUCAUGAAGGGUGGGGUGGAUCAAUUUGACGCCUACGGGGAGCAGAUUCGUAACAUAAAAUCGUUCGUCAGAGGCUAUCAGAGACUCAAAGACAUCAUUCAACAGGCAACAUUCGACGAAAAGCUGCAAAAUGACGCCCUUAGCACCCACGAAGAUGUUGACAAUGAGUCGGAAGAAGAACGUCAUCAUGACAAAGACCGGUGUCUGGUCUGCAGUAACAAAGAGCUGCCAGAUGUCAGCCCUCACAACGCACUUUUGCUUUGCUAUGAGUUCUUGUAUGAUUUAGAAAGUACGAUGGAUGGCCAUCCAAGAGCGGCAUCCGGAAGUCUCAAGAAGAAGCUGCCCUAUUGUAAUCAAAUCAUUAGCCACAUGGACACUUCCCUCGGCAGCCACCCAGAGUCCGAGUCAUGCCCGGUCUGUGUUUCAAUCUCAGAUUCGACAGACCCUAAAGGCUUUCUGGGUCGUUUCGAGAAACUUGGGCUCCAAGGGAAACGAGAACUGGUGAAAAAUCACGAUAUACCGAACGCCGGUACGCGGCUGUCUCUAAAUACUAUUCAGCAAGUUCGAGUCCAGCUAAGCAACCAGGGACCCUGGAAGGGUCUGAUCUUCCAGGAGUACGAGAUGGACCCGAAAUCACCUAGCAACGUACCGCACUUCUCACGAUCGGGUGAGCUUGAGAGGAGAACUCCAAAGGUGCUCAGACCAGCCUAUCGCCUGCCUGAGAAAGAUGUGAAUCUCUUCAUCCCGGUGCAUGACCAUAAAUUCGGCUUCGCUCGCCAGACCGCCUCCAUGUUCAAUGUCGAGUUGAUGAAAAACUGGAUCACAAAGUGCCGAUACAAUCAUGGCGAGGCUUGCCAGAAACAAUCGUCCUCAAAGCAGACGACAAGUCUUUUAUUGGUUGAUACUGAAAGAUACUGUAUCACUCCAAUACCAGAUGGCCCUCCGCCGCUAUAUUUUGCCCUGAGCUACGUUUGGGGAAGUGUUGCGCAGCCGAUUCUAGUAGCCAAUAACCUCAAGGCCUGGCAGACAGAAGGCAUACUGCUCGAAGUUGAGAUACCAGAGAAAAUCAGAGACGCCAUUUUUUUGACAAGAGAAGCCGGUAUCAGGUAUCUCUGGGUCGAUGCGUUGUGUAUCGUCCAGGACGACGCUAAGCUACGAGACGAGCAGAUAAAUCAAAUGUAUCUAAUCUAUCACCAGGCGGAAGCUACUCUAGUUGCGGCGGAUAGCACCGACUGCUCUCAAGGCCUCUCCGGCGUGAGUCAAUUUGACUUUAGGGAGGAUGUGCAUACGGUUGAUAUCCUAGGCACAUCUGUGGCCAAGCUGCCGAAGCAGCCCAAGUACAUACUCGAGGCGUCGACAUGGAGAACCAGAGGCUGGACAUUCCAGGAAGAAAUGUGCUCUCUGCGCUCAGUCAUCUUCCUCCCAGGCUUGGUAAUCUUCUCCUGCCCUACUGCUGUCUGGAGAGAAGACAUACAUCUUGAGGACUUCGAUAUCCCUAGGCUAUCAUGCGGGCUCAACUCUCUCCCCCAAACCAUGGGAAAUGCCAAUGCUUCUGCGCAGGAGAAAGUGAGAAUGUUCAGAAGCAUUGUCAAACAGUAUACGCAGAGAAGACUGACUCGUGCCGAAGACAUGGAGAAUGCGUUUGCAGGCAUAUCAGGCAUGGUGGAGGAUCUUGUUGGGCCAAUCUAUCACGGCAUCCCAGAACAUCACUUUGCGCAGGUCAUCGGGGGAUGCUGGUUCUGGGACAUGUUCUGUGCGCGACGACCAGGCUUUCCCUCCUGGUCGUGGACGGGAUGGAUUUACACCAGAGAGCAAGCGGACGCCGGGAUAGAGCCCAUACCGUCCUUGGGAAGCCCCGAGGGCCUGAUACAAUUCUUUAAGUUUCGCCGCGAUGGCAUAGAACCAAUGUCCUCGCCGACAAGCGAGGAGACUGAUCCCAAGAGGUGGCUACACCCCGACUUACGAUCCCACUUCAAUAUCGAAUUGAACAAGAUGCAGUCCAGACACGGGCAGAUGGCCGCGACCCCUCGAGGGAUCCGCCCAGGUCUCAUCGCCUUCUACAGCAGCCUCGCCUUCCUCUCCCUCCAAGCACCGCGCGGGCUAUCGUCCACGCCCAUCCGCGAGUUCCGCGUCCUACACCCUCAGAGCAGGCGUCAGAUGACCAGCAUAUCUCUGCCCGAGGAUUUUGUUGAGCUGCAUGGCGCCCUCCACCCGUUCGUUAUCAUCGCGGCGUGCGAGGCGAAUGGGAGGGAUGCGGGAGGGUUGAGGUUGAUGCUAGUCGAGAUGGACGGCGACAUGUGCUGCAAGGUCAACGUAACGUCGCCGCGAAAGGUGAUUCGCGAGGAGGAUUGGCUGGGUCUGAAUCCGACGAAAAAGCUUGUGAUAAUGGCUUAG